AUGGCGGCAGGGCCGUCAAAGCGACACAGCACUCCGAAAGGAAGCGCAAGACUUGACCCGAAAGCCGCAAUGAGCUCAAGACAACGAGUGCUGACCACCCCUUACACCAUGAUCCAACGACUCCUGAUCUUGGCAAGCCUCCUGGCGUCAACAGCCGCGUAUCCGAUGUUUAUUUUGGGCAUGAUCAAGACAAGAUGUUUGAGCGUGACGGCACCCCAAGAUACCGUCCUGAAAGUUGUCUAUGAGGCACCAGACUUGGUGGAAGACACGACGGAUCCUGGCUAUGGUCCCGUCUAUAUUUCCGUAAGUGUAACUCCUUCCAAACGAGUACUCGACACGGGCAACCAUCCCUCCAUGAUACAACAACGAUUAAAGCCAACAUCGGAAUUGCUCAAGGAUCGGAAGGGUGAGUUGAUGCACAAGGUAGAAGUCGAUGGCGAAGCCAAAAUUUGCGUGAGGGCAUCCGGAGCAUCCGUCAAGAAUAACAUGAGAUUUGGAAUUCAAAUUGAUAUCGAAGAUUCUCAAAAGUACAAAGACUCGAGCGUUGACGAAGCAUCCCUCGAAGGAAAUUUGUCUCAUAUGGAAAUGGAAAUGAAGAGAAUUCAGAAUGGAAUGAAGACCCUUCUGUCCGAGGCAGAUUUUUCCAAAUCUCGAGAAGCUGUCUUUCACCAAAACACGGAAUCCAUGCAUGCAGCGUCUACCUUUUGGCCCAUUGUCCAGACUUGUGUAUUGAUCAUGACAGGAUUUACUCAGGCCAGACAUAUCGUCCAGUUCUUUCAAAGUAGAAGAAUCAUCUAA